CAAUACCCAGCGAGAUGCUCAGACAGCUGAAGUCGCAAAGUCUUAAGAAUAAGGAGACGACAGGUGGCGCCACGACGCAAAUCAUGAAAAUGCUUCUCGUGCUGCGGACGCCGAAUCUUCGCUUCUAUGCGCUGCUCAUGUGUUUUGCCUGGUUUUCGGCGGCGCUCGUAUAUUUCGGCAUCUCGCUGGGCACGUCCGUGCUCGUCGGCAACAUGUACUGGAACUGCUUCCUUUCGGGUCUCGUAGAGAUUCCCGCUUACAUCGCCAACGUCUAUCUACUGGAGAGAUUCGGACGAAAGCUUCCAAUGUGUAUAUAUCAGGUGAUAUGCAGCGUCCCUCUCAUCGUCAUAUUCUUCAUUCCACUAUUAUCAGCUUCGGGAAGCGACCUUACCAUACCGAUCGUGACCUUGACAAUGAUUGCAAAGUUUGGUGUCACUGCCGUAUUUAGUGGUCUACAUCUAAUUACAGCCGAAAUUUACCCAACCGUUGUCAGAAAUGCAGGUUUGGGGGUUUCAUCGGUCUGUGCGAGGCUGGCCGCCACCCUGUCACCAUUUUUCGUGCAUUUGAGUACGGUGUCCUCUUCACAGUAUCAACUACUCAUAUUUGGAAGCUGUGGACUUCUCAGCAUCAUAGUCAUACUCCUCAUGCCAGAAACCGCAGACGUUCCACUCAUGGACACGCUAGAUGACUGCCAUCUAUUGGAGGGAAAAGCAACUAAACCGAUGGACUCUAGUGCGAAAAAGGACGAGCUUUCCGCGAUGCUAUGAUGAUAUGUGAUUAUAGAUCACGUUAGUGAAAUAAAGAAAAUAAACGAA